AAUCUAAAUGUAUCUAAAAACUGUUUUUCUUUAUAUAUAUGAAUUAAACUCUAAUAAAUAGCGGUUUACCUUUCAGCCAAUCAGCAGCGCUCUAGGGAAACAAGCGGACCAAUCAGAAAGCAGUGCGCCCUCUUUGCGGUUCACCUGUUUAGUUCAUAACCUGACUGGACCCGCUGCCUGCUUCUUUAGCAAAACACGAACCGACGCCAUGUACGGCGGAACCGAACCGCGUCCUGUCUCCAUCCGCUGCAGAAAGUAGCGCCCCGGGUCAUGGCUCGGAGUCGAUCCGACUUCCUGCCGCUCCUGCCCCGCCGGAAUGCCCGGCUGGACUCGUUCCUGAAGCGGAACACGGAGCGGGCUCUGUACGAGCGGAUCCGAACCUACGAACCAUGCGUGGUGGUCUCUGACGUCAUCAACAAGGUCUACAUGUACGCGGUGCUGAGUGACGAGCGCGUGUACCUGACGGAGUUCCCGCCACGCGCGCUGACCGCCGCCGUGAGCCUCGAGCGCGUGCGCGACAUCGAGCUGGUGAACGACCUCCCAGAUUUCCUCAAUUCAAAGGACAGGGAGCGCUGUCAGCACAUACGGAUCACCUACAUCCCAGAAAGGCCUGCAGAGAAGCAACAUGAUUGGUUACAGAGGGAGAAGGGGGAGGGGCUUCCUUCUGUGGCCCCGCCCUCUCGCAGAGCCAGCCACUGUCCAAUCAGAAUACACGACUUAAAAGGAUAUCCUGCAGACAGCUGGUGGGAGAAAGAGGAGCUCCAGCCGGUGAUGAAGACCAGCCGCUCUUCCUCCUGCCCCGACCCGGAGACUCUGGGCCUCCCCAGGAUUCCUCUUCCUCAUCCUCUUCCUCAUCCUCCCUCGCCUCCUUCCUCACCACCAGAGGAAAACCUGAAAACAGCCGAGAGCCGCCAGGUGACCCGGAGGAUCGGCGCCGUCCUGACCCGGCUGCUGAGGCGGGACCGAGCGGACUUCGGGGAAGAGAGGGAAGCCGAGCUGCACCUUUACGUGGUUUCUCAGACCUCCACCCUGUACCUCCACCUGCAGAGCUGCUGGAACAGUUUCGUCAUCAAGUCGACCCGGCUCCUGGAUCCGGUCUACAGGAGGAGAAGCACGCCGUCGUCUGACUCCAUCAGCGCGGAGCGGACGGCUCACCUGUUCGCUCAGCUGAGUUCGGAGCUGCUGCAGGACGGCAUCACCGUGGAGAACCGGUACCUUCUGCUGCAGGAGCUGAGGACGGCGGCUCACCGCAACGUCACGCUGAGGAGGCUCUUUUGGAGGGUGAGACGUUACGAUAAAGAGAACAGACAGAGUGAAAAUACCUGGAAAUGUGGACAGAAAUCAAGAUUUUUAUCCAUUUAUUUUUGUUCCCAGUCCGGUGAGGCGUUCGUCUUCCUGGUUCAGACUCUGGAGGAAUGUCUUCAUGGCUGUCAGAGUUUCAGCAGAGUUCACACCACAGAUCAGCUACUGCUGAGUACGCUGAUCAUCCAGACGUUCGCCGUCAUGUUCAGAGAGACGGAGGUGGAAGUGUCCAGGAGCAGCCUGCUCUUCGCCAAGAGAGGGGCUCUGAUCUCCAGACUGCUGCUCGCCUUCGUUUGUGAUCCUGACGGUGAGAAGCAGAGUCGAGGCUCCGCGUCUGAAUCCGAGCUCCAGGGUUUAGUCUCAGAGUACCUGGAUGCUGCCUGCUCUCUGCUGUUUGAGCUGCUGCUGCUGGGCUACCAGACCAGCCGAUGUUUCCCCGGAGAGAACUUCGUGUCCGUGUCGUGGAUCCUGGGAGUCCUUCAGCCUCACCCCCACCUGGUAAGCCUUCCUCACAGGAGUCCAGCUGUUCAGCUCCUCCAGGUAACCUCAGUCUGUCCUCCGCAGCUGCCCUUCAUCCGCCACCAGGCCCAGCUGCUGGUUCUGGUUCUGUCAGACCAGACCGGGUCGGUUCUGAGCCCGGAGGGGUCCGUUCUGUUGUUCCAGCGCUGUCGCCUCCUGCUGGCCUGUCUGCAGUACAACAACCAGCUGGCUCAGCACCUGCAGCUAAACUUCAGAGAGGAAUUCAGAUUCGCAGUGACUCCGUCCAGCGCCGAGCAGAAGCUGCAGCCUCGUUAUCCGAUCUGCAAGCCGACUGUGAGACUCGUUCAGCGCAUCGUGACGCUCAUCCAGCGCAGCUGAGCCCACAGGAAGCUAGAAGUUCACUGCAGAAACAAAACGCUCAGACAGAAUGUGCGUUUAGCGUCUUUAUCAGCGGCAGGAGUGAUGCUGCUGCUGCAGGUCCGAUAACAACAUCCACCUGAUUGGUUCUGUGGGUAAUCAAUAAAUGAUCAGUUUCACAGCA